GUGAGGGCUGGGCUCAGGGAGCUAGUAGUUUAUAAAGCAGCAGAAACCCUUCCCUGAGGAGAGCAUUCCAGCAGCUGCCAUGAUGAAGGGACCACUGUUUGUGCUGGCCUUGCUGGUGACCAGAGAGCUGGCCUUCGAGAUGGUGGAAGCUUGCCCUAUUUUUUAUGAAAUCUUUGGCACAGUGGCCCUUGGAAGAAGGACACUGUUGGACAAGUCCCUCGAUCAGGUCAAUGCUACUGAACCGGAAAAAGCAGCCUUUGGGAAAAUCCAGGAUUGCUACAAUGAGGCGGGACUUACCUCCAAGUUCUUGGAUCUGCUCCUCAUGGGUUCCAUCACCUUCAGCAGUGACUGCACCACCUAUGCAGGGGAAGACUUGAAGGAGGUUUUUCAAGGAAACAUUUCCCAAGUGAUCCCUUUCGGGAGAUAAUCUUUGCCAGUGAGGCCUGGUCUGCACUCAAUUUUCCCGUCCUUUUCUCCUUCUCAACUGAAGCUGGAAUCCAGACACCUGUCCACACCUGAUGUGGUCUCUAUCAGGCUGACUCUAAUAAAAUACCUGCAGC